UGUAUCUUCUACAUUAUUUACGUCGACAGCAGCAGCAGCAGUAGCGGCAGCAUCAAAUUCAGCCGUGUUGACACCAAUUACAGAAAUGAUACGAAUAUUGCAACAAGCGCAUAUGUUCAAUUCACAAAGACACAAUAGUACUGGUAGCGUCCAGCGUGGUUUUAGCUUGUUGCAACUUAUGCAAGAACAAACUAAUGUUGGAAAAUGA